AUGGAGUCGUUGAUGGGCGCUGGAUCGACGGACUCGAAAGAGGCGCCUCAGAUUGAGCUUGAUGCUCUCGAGUACUGGUUCUGCUUUUGCAUGGUCUGGGCUGUGGGCGGCUGCCUCGCUGAAGUCGACGGAGUUGACUAUCGAAAGCAAUUCAGUAACUGGUGGAAACAAGAAAUGAAGACGAUCAAAUUCCCCAGCAAGGGAACUGUAUUUGACUAUUUCGUCCAAGAUGCUCGCAUGGAGGAGUGGUCGAUUAUAGUGGACCCGUUGGAGUACUCAUCGGAGGUUCCUAUGAACCAGGUUACGGUACCAACCUCGGAGACGGUAGCGACCAGCUAUUUCAUGCAAGCUCUGAUGAAGGUCCAUCAACCAGUGAUGCUCAUUGGUCUAGCUGGAUGCGGCAAGACUGCGAUGUGCAACGGUCUGUUGCGGAAUCUCGAGCCUGACGUCUUCGCGUCGCAUAUGAUGAACAUGAACUACUACACUGACAGUAGUCUGCUACAAACGAUGAUGGAAAUACCCCUAGAGAAAAAGGCCGGAAGGCUCUUCGCUCCGCCGGGGAAACUUCAUUUGAUAUACUUCAUAGACGAUCUCAACAUGCCCGCGUUGGACCUCUAUAACACGCAAAGUGCCAUCGCUCUGCUGAGGCAAUGUCAGGACUAUAAGCAUAUAUAUGAUAGAACGAAAAUGACUUUGAAGGACAUAGGAAAUACUCAGUAUUUGGCGUGCAUGAAUCCUACUGCCGGCUCCUUUACGGUGAACCCGAGGUUGCAACGACACUUCUGGACAUGUGCAGUACCGUUCCCCGAGCAGAGCGCUUUGCAGACCAUCUAUUCUACGUAUAUGAGAGGCCACUUUGAAAGGCUCAAAUUCAAACCAGCG